CCUUUCGGUCCUCUCAAUGUCGCACCCACUCUCUGACUUGGGUUCCUCGACUUCCUGUGCUGCCUGUUACUCCCUGUAAUCCGAGAUUCAUCUUCGUUCUUUCCUUCUGUCUCCUUUCCUUCUCUCUUUCUUUCUUUCUUUCUUUCUUUCUUUCAUCUUUCUUUCUCUACACCAUGCAACAUCAACAGCGACCGGAGACGGUUCACAUUGGCGGCGACCGUUCGCCGAUUCCUCAAAUGUUCACUCCCAUGCCUUCUAAAAGCUACUCGUUUGCAGACAAACCGAGUGUGAGUCGUAUGGUGUGCGCAGGAUCUCACGCGGACGCUGUGAGUGGCAUUGCGCAUCGCAUGCAUGCAGCUGAGCAUUACCAGUUUCGGAUUUCUGCGACUUGUGUGAUUCUCACGAUCUUGAACCUUUACGUGUUGCUCGAGAGACUUGGCCUGAAAAAAGCGAACCUCAUUCUCCAGCUUGGCUACCUCGCCGUCGCUCUCAGAGCCCUCCCGGCUGUCUGCUGUGCCUACAUGUGCUGGACGCGGAUGCCGAGCGCCGGGAAACGGUUUCGCCCCCAGGACAAGCGAACCGGGGAGAAGUGGCUAGACCAGCGUCGCGGCAGUGCUACGGAGAACAUGCGCGCGUUUUCCUGGAGAGGCGACAGUCGCUCAAACCAUCUCGUGGAACCGGAACAUCAACUGCUUCUGAAGCACCUCAGUCCAACGGGGCUCGAAAUCGUGGUGGAGUCAGAGCGCAGACACCGCAGUUUCUCGCUGUGCGCGACCGGCGCGCUUCUGCUGCUUGCAUGCAGCGACCUGUGCCACGGUUACUCAGACUUGUGGUCUCUUCUCCAUCUUGAAAAAGGGGAGCUUCUGGCGCAGACCGCCGAAAGGCCGCCGCUCUUCGGACCCUCGCCUCCAGGCGUCGCCCGCGAGGGCUUCGCUGUCUAUCCACCUGAGCUGAAAGCACGGCCCAGUUCCUUCGCGACCCUCGCUGCGCCAAGCGCCUUGGUGCUGGCGCCUCUCUUCGAAGCUGCCGCUGCGUUCUGUCUGCUGAAAGCUGUCAACAUUCAACUCGGCAGUGGCGACUCUCAAAACGGAAAACAAGGCGGUAACGGCCGAGUGUCGCUGUCCAACGCGAGGGAAGCAGACAAGGCGAACGCGCUCAGGAGAGACGACGGAGACUUCCGAGACGCCGAAAACGAGGGCAGCGCCCGAGACUCCUGGUGGGGGUCGAAAUCGUUUUACUUGCAUGCGUUCUUCCAAGCGCCUCUCUGCCUUCUCUGCUAUCUGAUUCUUGUCCAUUGGCCGUCUCUGCAUCCGUCGCGGCCUCGUCCUGUCCACGCCGCCUUCGCCUCGCGAGGAAUGGCUGCAUGCGUCGACUGGAUCGUCCGACUCAGCACCGUGGUCACUCUUUCCCUUUUCUCCCAAGGAUGGACUCGUUGCUUAUCGCGGGCGUUGCUGCCUUUUCUCGAGGCGAAAAAAGAGCAGAAAAACCCUCCCGUAUUUGUCAGAAAGCCGUCAAGAGUCCUCCUGUUCCUCGCCCUGCUUCUCCUUCUCUUCAGCAUCACUGUGCAGGCCUUGACGGCUUUUCUGCCCUAUGUGCAAGGCUUGGAAAACGUUUCUUACAUCUGGGGAGUUCUCCGCCGAGCUUCGAUGGAAGAGCGCGUCGUGGUCUGCGUCGGGCUCUUGUCGCAUUUCUUCGCUCUUUUUCUCAUCGCUUGUUCCGGGACUUCUUUCGGGAUGAAAAACCACCUGGUUUCCGCCGCACUCAGGGGGGAAACGAUUGAUGAAGAAAGCGAACUUUACUCGGCUUCUCUCGCCUCCCCCCCAACUCUGCUCGUGGAAGGAAAACCUGUCGCCUGCAGGGCCGACGGAGCAGAAGGUGUGGGGACGCGAGCGAAAUCCGAUUAGAAGAAAAGUUCUGACCGAAACGCGAAAAACGAGGCAAUCACGAAGAGCGGUCAGUCCCCAGGCAGCUACGGGAGACGAGAGGAAAACUGACAAAGACCCAAAACGCGCCUGCUUCAUCUUCACGUAAAGUGUCAACGUCCGAUUGGAACGACGACAACAGUCCCAGAGAGAUUCACCUCCGUUUUCACUUUUGCAUUGACGGCCAGUCUAUGUGGAUAACUACAUGUAGGUGCAUUGAUGGCCAGUCUAUGUGGAUAGCUACAUGUAGGCGCAUUGAUGGCCAGUCUAUGUGGAUAGCUACAUGUAGGCGCAUUGAUGGCCAGUCUAUGUGGAUAGCUACAUGUAGGCGCAUUGAUGGCCAGUCUAUGUGGAUAU